AACGGUGUACAUAAACAAACCCUCACGAUACACAUCGUAUUUUGUCCAUCCAUAUACAGUGCUUUAGCCGAUUGACAUGCAAAAGGAUUUUUAAAUGAAACCGCGCUUCAUUAGCGACUACGACUUCGCAGCAGUUAUCCUGUCACGAUGCUCUUUCCAUUGUUGUUAAACCUGAUGCGCACUCACAAACACACACACACACAUACUGAGCCAUCCACUUCCGGUUGCAUGCACACAGCAUAGUUGAUGUGGCACCAAAAGUCAUUCAUUGUGGCAACAGUCUAUUUGCAGAGCCUGUGGCGAUAUGAAGUUCCUAAAACAAACAUUUCUAGUUUAUCUACUGUUUGCGGCGACAACGGCCCAUUGUCUACUGGGAACGCUCGCUGGUGGCGGUGGCCGUGGCCAUGGCAGUGCCGCAAGAAUAACACAGAAAACAAUAUCCAAAGGAUUUCUGGUUAAGAGCGUUAUGAAGUUAUUGACAAAGCUGGAGAGGAGUAAAGAUUUAGAUGCCAGCAUGAAAUUUGCAGUGAUAUUGAGUGAAUUUCUGAUAAAACAACACCAGCGCUAUAUAGAAUCAAAUCGGUAUGAGCAACAGGCCAACUAUCAUUUGCUGCAGAAGCUGGAUAAUAUUAUUCGUAACACAGAGGAUGCCGAUUUUGAAAAUGUUCAAAAGAAAAUCAUUGAUAAUAUAUUCCAGAAAAAUGUACUACUCAAACCACCUAUUCUAAAAGAACGCCACAUCGAUACCCAUUUCGAAUAUAAGUCGCUGUUGAAAAACUACACUCAGUUGGUGGAUAUGCGGGAGCGAGAUAUGAUACAAUCCGAUGAAUGUCUAUCAUCUGUGGCAACUUUAGAUUCAAGAUGCCAGGUGCCCCAGGAGUGUUUAGACUUUAUGGUUACCGAUUUGCCCUCAUAUGGCUACAAAAGAAUGCAUCAAAUUUUAUUGCUUUACGUGUUUAUGCAUCAUAUCUGCGCUCCGACGUUGGGAUCAGAAACGGCUUAUGAAAUUUUGGCCAGUCAAAAAUGUACUCAAGUCUAUCGUGAACAAAAUGUAUUACGACACAUGAAUAUUCCAGAUGUUUAUAGAGACCUUUAUUUGGAGCAGAAUGUCAUCUGUGGUCUCUUCGGAUACAUUGAAUUUAUGAAUUGGCAUAACUUAGUCACCGUUACCAAUUGGCCCCAGGAGGAUGAGUGCUUGUGUCUCUUCCUAAAUGGCGAAAGUAAAAUCGACUGUAAUUGUACGAAUCACAUCAAUAGCUUGGUUUUGGUCUACUACAUCAAUGGCUUUUUAUUGCUGAAUUAGUUACGCAGAUAUACUCGUAGAGGCGAGCGACAAACGAUGAUUGAUAUGCACUCAAAAGGAAAAACUGUUAAAUAAUACCCAUAAAAUAUGCUAAAUAAGUUAAUCAAAAAAACAAACGAAAAAAAAUAUAUUUACACACAAAUGUGGAGGCAUUUAUGAGAGUUUCAGUGGAGUAUAUGUAUGCAUGGAUAUGUAAAUAUCUUUUAGUUAUGUGUGUACAAGUUCCUACAAUUGCGCAUAAAUAUUCAUUUAUUUCCCUAUGCGGCUUAAGUCAAUAAAUGUGGAAGGUUGUUAAA